AAAAAUAACAAUCACAAGCAGUUGGACACCCAAAAAAGAUAAAAAAAUGAAAAGAAGAGGAAGAAGAAGAAGAAGAAGAAGAAUCAUCUCUCCUACUCUCAGUAUUCAAAGCUAAAUUGCCAUUUUUAAACUUUGGGGUGGUUCCUCUUCCUUUCUCAUCAGAUCUUCACUCAAGUUCUUGGCACCAAGAUGGGUUCGAUGGAAAGAUCCAAGAAAAAGGUGCAGUUGUACAAGAAAGCAAUUGUCCAUUUCUUGCUGUGCUUUGUUAUGGGAUUCUUCACAGGCUUUGCUCCAUCAGCUAAGCCUUCAAUCCCUUCUUCUCCUGUUUCUGCAUCGAACCGGCCAGCCUUUUCUCCACUGUCCAUGGAAGCUAUUCACCAAGGAGCUUCCAGAAAUGGCAGCUUAACUCCCCACCCCGAGCCCCAACGAAGGCCUGACGAAUCAGAGGCUGCAAAAGGCUUGAAAGAAGAAGAAGGAGAAGCAAAAGAGGAUGAGAAGCUGGUUCCUGGAAGACAAAUAAUUGUGGUUACUCCAACUAGUUCGAAGGAUGAGUUUAGAGUGGUGCAUCUUAGGAGGCUAGCAAACACAUUAAGAUUGGUUCCUCCACCGUUCUUGUGGAUCGUUGUCGAGCAGAAAACCGAGUCCUCUGAAAUGUCAGAGGUGCUUAGGAAAACAGGCAUUAUGUACCGGCAUUUGGUGUUCAAGGAGAAUUUUACACAUCAUGAAGCCGAGAUGGAUCACCAGAGGAACCUCGCGCUCAAUCACAUUGAGCUCCAUCGACUAAAUGGGAUCGUUCAUUUUGCCGGUCUUUCCAAUGUUUAUGACCUUAGCUUCUUCCAUGAGAUAAGAGCAAUUGAGGUGUUCGGGACAUGGCCAAUGGCAUUGCUAUCGGCGAACAGGAACAAGGUGAGAAUCCAAGGACCGGUUUGCGAUUCUUCUGAAGUCGUAGGAUGGCAUCUGAAGAAGAUGAACAAUCAAACAGAUGACAGGCCUCCAGUUCAUAUUUCAAGCUUUGCAUUCAACAGCUCCAUCCUCUGGGACCCCGAAAGAUGGGGCCGCCCCUCGUCUGUCCCCAGCACCAAACAGAAUACGAUUAAAUUUGUGAAGAAAGAGAUACAGGAAGGGGAGACCAAAUUGAUUGGAAUUCCAGCAGGGGGUUGCUCCAAGAUCAUGCUUUGGAGUGUUCAUAGUCCAAGAAGAACAGAAAACAUAGAUAACAGCUAAGGACAAUGUUGUUGUAGAGAUGAAUUUGCAAGAAAGUCUCUUCCUGUCACCAGCAUUCAGCAGCUAAAUUUUUGUUCUUUUCUUAUAAUUCUGCAGUGGAUUCACAAUUUUUGUUUUCGAGUAAAAAAUAUUUUGGGGCUGUUAAAUUGUGUAGAAUAUUUUUUUGAUUUUCA